AUGUCCACCCAGCCCCUCCUUCAGCGCACCGCGGCAAAACGCAUCGCGCUCCCCGUCAAGGUCGAGCCCAAGGUCGCCUUCGCCAACGAGCGCACCUUUCUCUCAUGGCUCCAUUUCACCGUUGUCCUCGGCGGUCUUGCGGUUGGGCUCCUCAACUUUGGUGAUAAGGUGGGGAAGAUCAGCGCCGCUAUGUUCUCUCUUGUCGCCAUGGGUGUGAUGGUCUACGCGUUGUACACAUUCCACUGGCGCGCCAACUCGAUUCGCAAAGGUGGCCGUGGACCAUAUGACGACAGGGUCGGGCCGGUGAGCGAGCUGACGCUCUCCUCAGUUGCGAUCAUAAUAAACUUCGUGCUGAGGUUCACGGAGUAA